CGGUCAUGUGAUCAGCUGUGUCCAAUCACAGCUGAUCGCAUGGGACAUGUACACUGAUCAUCAGGGCACUGAUGAUCAGUGUGCCCUGAUGAUCAGUGUAGCCCCAGAAGUGCCACCUGUCAGUGCCCAUCAAUGCCAGCUGUCAAUGCUCAUCAGUGCCUCAAUGCCACAUAUCAGUGCCCAUCUGAGCUGCCUUUCAGUGUCACCUAUCAGUGCCAGUCAGUGGCACCUAUCAAUGCCAGUCAGUGCCACCUAUCAGUGCUGCCAAUCAGUGCCAGUCAGUGCCGCCUAACAGUGCCAGUCAGUGCCACCUAAAAGUGCUCAUCAGUG